AUGAAGUCUGUUAUGAUCGCUCUUCUCUGUACAAUAGCUGCUGCCUAUGGAUCGAAUAUAUUAGCUGUGAUGCCAUUUCCAACAUUUAGCCACUUGAAUGCCUUUCUCCCGAUUAUGAAAGAAUUAGCAAACAGGGGUCACAAUGUGACUAUGGUGAGCCCAUAUCCUCAGAAGAAACCAAUUCCAAAUUUCAGAGAUAUUGUGAUGACGGAUACGAAAGAUAAAAUUAUGCAUCCACCAGGAAAUGGUGGGACAGAUCUGAGAGCAUUAACUGGUUUCUUAAAGAUGUUUACUGGCUUUUGGUCAUUGUGUCCUGGAUUUUUAGAUGCUAUCUUUGAGUUACCAGAAUUUCGAGAAUUUCUCAAUGACAGGGAUUCAAAAUUUGAUUUAGUGAUAGUAGAACCCUUUUUUUGCCAACUACCUUUUCUGGCAUUUGGUCACAAGUAUGGUGCACCGAUUGUAUCGCUAGUGAGCACCAGUAUGUCACCAAGAUUGUCAGCAGCAGCUGGAAACUCUCACCCAUUUUCGUACAUCCCUAAUUUGAAAUUAAAAUUCACUGAUCAUAUGACAUUUUGGGAAAGAUUUCAGAAUACUGUAGUCGGCACAGUGGAAUUGAUUGUAGAUUAUUAUUAUUCAAGCAAAAUGGAAAAAUAUGCAAGAGAAUUAAGUAAACAUCCAGGGUUUGAAAAUUUACCAUCAUUAUCAAAAAUGCAGAACAAUAUUUCUUUAUUUUUAAUUGACAAUGACUUUUCGUUCAAUCACCCACGUCCAUAUCUUCCUAAUAUGAUCGAAUUUGGUGGACUUUCAGUAAAAAGUGGAGGUCAACUGCCAGUUGAUUUACAGAAAUUCAUGAAUGAAUCUAAAGAAGGUGUAAUCUUCUUUACAUGGGGUUCUCACUAUAAUAUGACCAACAUGCCACCUAAAUUACUUUCUAGUUUUAUGUCUGUAUUUGGGAAAUUGAAGCAAAAAGUUUUGAUGAAGUGGGAAACAGAUACACUACCCGGAAAGCCCGAUAAUGUUAAAAUUGACAAGUGGUUUCCUCAAGCCAGUCUACUUAGUCACCCAAACAUGCGUUUAUUUAUCACACAUGGUGGAAUUCAUGGAUUGACUGAGGCUAUCUUCAAUGCUGUCCCGAUACUAGGAACAGCAAUAUUUGGUGAUCAGCAUUUCAAUCUAAAAAUUGCAGAACAAUCAGGAUUUGCUAUAAGCAUUGACAUAGAUACAGUCACUGAGGAGCAACUGGACACGGCUAUAAACAAAUUACUUCAUGACCCAAAAUACAAGGAAAAUGCUCAAAAAAAGAGUAAAAUUUUUAAAGAUAAACCAAUGAGCCAACUAGACAAAGCAGUGUACUGGGUAGAAUACGUUCUGAGGCAUAAUGGCGCGUAUCACUUACGGCCCGGUUCUCUCGAUCUAGCAUGGUAUCAGAAUUGUCUGCUUGAUGUUAUAGCGCUGUUAAUAGCAAUAAUCAUAGGAUUCGUAGCCUUUUUUAUUUAUAGCCUGAAGUUAAUAUGUAAGCUAUUUAAAAAGGGAAAGAAAUCUAAUGAAAAGAGAGACAAAAAAAAUAAGAAAGAUUGA